AUGGAGUGUGACUACGAUACUUUUGAGGCGAUGACUCAACUGAAGUGGCGGAAACCUUCAGGCAGUUUCUAUGUAUCGGCCGGCCCCGGGUAUUCGUGGCUGAAUCCAGACUCCAGAAGUGAUAAAUGCGGUAACUGGGAGUUCAACUAUUUCUUUGUGAAGACCGACGCGGCUUCCGUUGAGAAUUCGAGAUGGCCAGUCCGGGCUGGUUGGAAUAUUAUCAUCAAUUACCCAGUUCCAACGAUCGGGACCGCUCCUAAGCCCGGUGAGAAGACGUUGAUUCCUCUUCUGAAAAAGCUGAAGCCUCAAAUUUGGCUAGAAUUUCUCGAACAAAAAAUUCAGAGGUGUCAAGAGCGGAUUACGGCAGGUUGUUAUACCCUCGAGCUCGUUCCACUUAGACCGUAUUCCUUUCCUCCGAUCAAGCCGAGAAAACCCCGUCAGAAGAAGGAGGGAGAAAUGGUUAAGGUAAAGUUCAAGAGGGUAAACUACACCAACGUCGUCCAAGAGAGUCCGGCCCCGGGCAGAGGGGCUGGUGAAAAUGCUGAACAGACCGGGCCUUCGGCUGGCACUCAAGGAGUGUCUAAAUGCGUCUCUUCGCAGGCCGAGAAGGCCGCUGAAAUUUCCCUCGCCGCGAAGAAGGCUGGAAAGCCCGUGGCAGAUCUUCCUGCUGAGGCCGCAAAAAUGGUUUCUGAGAAGGAGGUCGUGAAGAAGAGGCCUUCUAAGGCCGCUGCUGAAGGCUCGAAGAAGAAACAGCAAGUCGUGGAAUCGACACAGAAGACUGCUUCUGUCGAAGUCGCUGCUACGGGUUCUGAGGAGACCGGGUUGCAAGUAUCCAGCAGGCAUGCGAUGAGCUAUGCUCCAAGAUCCCUUGCAGCACGGAGCACAGGCGUAUCAGCUGUUCACGGGGAGUGUAAGGGAGGUAUCAUGAUAACACAUGGGAACUUGAUCAUCGAAAAGUACGAACGUCGGUCUCUGAGGCUUUUGAAGAAGCUCGAAGAUUAUCCCAGCAUGAAGAAGGAGUCCAAGAAGAUUCUCGGUCUUGAGAAGAAGAUCGCAGCGCAGAUCACCGCGAUGGAUGAUCUGUCAAAGAAGGCUGAAGAGGCGAGGAAGCAGGCAAAAUAUGCCGAGGCGGAGCUCGAGAGGAUAAAGGUGGAAAAAGAGUCUCUGCAGUCCUUUCACGAGCAUGAGAAGGCUCUUCUGCGGUCUUCUCGAAGGCACGAGUCGAUCUCGGACAACGAGGAGGCGAACAGGCUUAGUGCCUUGCUGAACCAAGUGAUGGCUAUCAAGGAUUACCUUGCCGAUUUUAAGAAGGGAGGAGCUGACGUCUCGGAUGACCGGUUGAAAGAACUCGAUGAGAACUUUAAAAGGUUUGAGAAAGAUUUCGACGCUUUGGACGUUGAGGAAGUCGCCGAUGAUGAUUUUAAAAUGACUCCCCCUUCUUGGAUAUCUUCGACCCUUCAACGAGGCGAGGCCGCGGCCGCUCCUGUUAACCCGCCUCAAACUGAGAUCGUAGCUCCCUUCGACCAGUAUGAGACCCAAAUGAGUGCGGAGGAACAGGAGAGGAUCGACUCUUGCUUGAGGAUGAUCUGGAAGCAGAAGUUGGGGAAACAGAGCCUGCUAUUGUGGCGAAGGAUGCUGCCAUUGGCGAGGAGCUCACUUCCCUUGACGGACUUCCUGUCAUUUCGACUGCUCAAUCUUGAUUCUCUUCUCGGCUCUCAUUGUUGUCGUCCUUCUCUUUUUUGA